UUCUCUCUCUCUCUCUCUUCCAUUCCACUGUUGGUUUAGCCAUCGAAACCGAAGGAGGGAGAGAAACAUCAGGGCUUUAGGGUUUUCGGGGAGCAGCGAUCGAGCGAAGAUGAUCGAGGUGGUGCUGAACGACCGGCUGGGGAAGAAGGUGAGGGUGAAGUGCAACGAGGACGACACCAUCGGCGACCUCAAGAAGCUCGUCGCCGCCCAGACCGGCACUCGGCCCGACAAGAUCAGGAUCCAGAAGUGGUACAACAUCUACAAGGACCACAUCACCCUCAAGGACUACGAGAUCCACGACGGCAUGGGUCUCGAGCUCUACUACAACUGAUCCAACACCAUCCCAAACCCCCUUCUGGUGGAGAACUCACAUGGAAAUCCACCUGGAACUGGGGGUGCGUGGACGCCUGAAAUCUGUAGUCUGGUUCCAUAUACUAUAUUUGCAUGGACAGUGUAUCUACUGCCGUUGACUUUUCUAUGUCUGUGACCGUGAGAAUGUGUAAACUUGGGGUCAAACUCCUGUUAUUGGAAAACUGGGAAUAUAUGUUGCUGCGGUGCAUUUAAAAACUUGUUCGGCUGCUGCAUUAUGAGGUAUUAUUGUCCUGUGGUUGCGUG